AUGACGGAUCUCGGUCUGAUGAGGUACUUCCUUGGUCUGGAGUUCAAACAAGACAAAUUCGGGAAUUUUGUAUCUCAAGAAGCUUAUGCAAAAGAUAUCCUGAAGAGGUUCAAAAUGAUAGAUUGCAAUCCGGUUUCAACUUCUAUGGAACCCGACUUAAAACUUUCGAAGUAUGAUGGAGGAGAAAGAGUUGAUCCGAGUAAUUAUCGAAGUCUAGUAGGAUGUUUAAGGUAUUUAACUUGUACGAGGCCAGACUUGUGUCUAAGUGUUGGGAUUAUAAGCCGGUUUAUGGAAGAUCCGGGCUACACACAUUGGAAGGCGGCGAAGAGGAUAUUGAGAUAUGUUCAAGGAACAAUCUCGCAAGGACUUCAUUAUUCGAAGUCAGACAAGUACAAGCUGGUGGGAUAUUCAAAUAGCGACUGGUGUGGAGAUGUCGACGACAGGAAGAGCACGGCUAGCUAUGUAUUUUUCAUGGGAAACACGGCAUUCACGUGGGUGUCAAAGAAGGAACCCAUUGUGACUUUAUCUACAUGUGAAGCCGAGUACGUUGCUGCAUCCUGGUGUGUUUGUCACACAAUGUGGCUGAGGAAUCUAUUGAGUAAAUUGGAGCAAGAACAAGUCGACCCAACCGAGAUCUGGGUUAACAACAAGUCUACAAUCGAGUUAGCAAAGAACCCGGUCAACCAUGAGAGGAGUAAACAUGUAGAUGUCAGGUUUCAUUUCAUUCGGGAUCAAGUCAAGGAAAGAAGGUGGAGCUCACUCAUGUUGCAAGCCGAGAUCAAGUGGGUGACAUAUUUACAAAGUCGUUGCCAACGUUGCUGUUAG